CUCGCUGCAGGCAGCACGCUUUCAACUGGCCGCGCAUCUGUUUCAGGCCUUCGAAACUCGGCACCUGCCAACCUCGCCUCUGCACCUAGGUUCCCAAGCGCCCUCCCAGGAACCUGUUUGGGCGGCAGCCAGGGCUCUAGCCCUCCAGCAAGUGGCGGCAGCUCCGCCCCGCCGGGAGGCCGCAUGGAGGCUCCUCUCAACGGCGGGGAUUUGGAAGCGGUAGCUCAGAACGGGAUGAUGGGCCUCUCUGACACCGAGCCAGAAGUGCCGGCGCUGCGGCUGCGCCUGCUGUGCCCCCACGCGCUGGUGCCGGCGCUCAUCGGCAAGAAGGGGGAGAAUGUCAAGCGCAUACGGCGGGAGAGCGGCGCCACGCUGUCGGUCGCCGACCCAGUGUUGGGAUGCGACGAGCGGGUGGUGCACAUCAUGGGGGAGAGGCAAGCACAGCCUCUGGAGCCCGUGGAGGCAGCGGCCAGCAGCAGCGCGGCGGACGCCCUGUGCGGCGUCUUUGCCAGCAUAUGCAGCCUGCAGCAGGCGCGGAGAGGGGAGGCGCCGCCGCCGUCGCCGCCCGCGGCCUCGCCGCCGCCCGCCUCCCCCAGGAGCGCCGCCGGCGGCGAGGAGGGCCCCGGCCCCGGCCCCGGCGGCGGCGGCAGCGUGGCCGACGGCGGCGGCGGCGGCGGCGGCGGCUCCUCCGCGGCCUCCACGGCGGGCGACCACAGCGCAGCGGGCAGCGCCGGGCACGCCGCCGCAGCCGCCUCCCUGCCUCAGCGAUCGGUGGAGGCGCGGCUGCUGGUGGACAGCAGCGUGGUGGGGUUCCUGGUGGGGAGAGGAGGAGCCACCAUCAAAGACACGAUGGCGCGGUCGGGAGCGGGGGUGCGCAUCCUGCCCAAGGCCGAGCUCCCCGCCUGCGCCUGCCUGGGCGACGAGGUGGUGCGGGUGGUGGGCAGCUGCGAGGCGGCGUGCGCCGCGCUGCGCCUGCUGGCAAGCCAGAUCAAGGCGCACGUGCUGCGGCACGGCCCGCCGCCGCCCUCGCCGUCCUACCCCGGCGCGCCGGGCGCGCUGCCGCCGCUCAUGCUGGGCCAGGCCGGCCACCACCACCCGGACGUCGCCUUCCUGCACCCCUCGCUGGCCGCCGCCGCCUUCUACCCGCCGCCGGCGUCCCCCGCGGGCCUGCCGCCGCCGCCCGCCUUCUCCGGCGCCGCCGUGGAGGUCACCUUCCGGCUGCUGGCGCCCACCAACCGCACCGGCAACAUCAUCGGCAAGGGCGGCGAGCACGUGCGGCGGGUGCGGACCGAGACGGGGGCGCGCAUCAAGGUGUUUGACCCCGCGCCCGGCAGCGAGGAGCGAGCCAGCGUGGGCAUGGUGCUGGGCAAGCGGGGCGCCACCGUCAGCCAGCUGCGGCAGGAGACGGGGGCUGCCAUCAAGGUGCUGAACGCCGACCUGGUGCCUCCCGCGUAUGGCGGCGGGCUGGGCAGUGACGAUUCCGAGGCGGAGCUCGGAAGCAUCAGCAGCGGCGGCGGCGGCAGCAGCGGCGGCGGCGUGGCCAGCGGCGCCGGCACCGCCUCCAGCGGCAUGAGCGGCGGCGGCGAGGAGGUGGUGCAGGUGGAGGGCAGCCUGCAGCAGUGCGUGGCGGCGCUGCGCGGCGUGGCCACGCUGCUGCGCGGCUGGCAGGUGCGCCGCCUGCUCGCGCACCACCACCACGCCGCGUUUGGCGGCGGCAUGGCGGCGGGCGCGGCGGCGGCCGCGCUGCAGCAGCAGGCGGCGCUGGCGCAGCAGCCGCUGUCGCCCACGGCGGGCGGUAUGCUGUCCCCGAGCUCUCCGGGCAUGCUGGGCCUGCACCUGCCCAGCAGCCUGGGCUCCCUGGGCUCUCCGGUGCAGCCGCCCUUCCUGCUGAUGAACGGCCACCUCGGCGGGCAGCAGCAGCAGGCGGGCAUGCUGCCGCCGGACGCGCUGGCGGGGCCGCCGCCGGGCGGCCACCUGUCGCAGCAGGCGCAGCGUGGCGCCACCUACGUCUACCACCUCAGCAACGCGCAGGUCGGGGCGGUGCUGGGCAAGGGCGGCGCCCAUAUCGCACAGAUACGCAGCAUGAGCGGCGCGAGGGUGCAGCUACAGGGGGAGGGCGAAGGAGGCGGCCGCGUGCUCAUGGUGGCCGGCCAGCCCGAGCAGUGCCAUGCGGCACACACCAUGGCUAACGCUUUCCUCAGCAUGGGGCGGUGUGAGCCAGCUUUCCCUGAGCCCAUCCUGGGCGGAUGA